AUGAGUAAAGUAAAGUCUGCCGGUUUACCAAUAACCGCAUUAGCGUUAAUGGGUUUUUCCGUGUUAAUGUCGUACAUUUCCGCAAUUAUGGGAUUGUUAUAUGCAAUACCUUUUGGGAAGUUUACAGAUGGUGGUGUUGGAUAUAAAGUUUUUAUAUAUAUUCUUGCUCUUAUAAUACCUCCAUUCCUUGCAAUCUUUGCGAAGUACUUUAAACCCACUAAGGUUAAGUACCAAAAUCUACUUAUUAUUACGGGCACGUGUUUCACAUUUGUGUCGUUUUUCAUGUUUGUGUGUGCUGUUGCGUGUACGGUGAAAUACCCCGGCACAUGGGCAUCUGCGAAUAUGACAAAGCGAGUUGAAUAUGAAACAAAACACGAGUGUUGUAUAAACACAGAACAACAAGGGGUACUUUCUGACGAACCAACAACCAAAUUUAUUUAUUUUACUGAUUGUCCUUAUGUAAAAUACAAUGUCACAGACACAGAAGAUUGUUUGGUUAAACCUGAGUAUACACUAUGUCCUGGCUAUUUACUUGGACUUACCGAUGAUGAUUCGUGUUGGAAGACUAUAUACCCUGAUAACGUACUCACAAUAAUUAUGGAUGUGGUUUAUGCUUUUGCUUCAAUAGGGUUCUUGGUCUGUACGGUGUAUGCUAUUGUGUUAAGGUUUAAGAAAACUUGUAGCAACUGCGUCGGUUGUUGUGUGAUACCUUAUCAUCUGAAAACCAUUGAAAUUGACACGCAAGUACCUAGAGAACCCGAAAUUAAUAUGAAAGAGGAAAUGGAAAGGCAAAAGAAAGAGGAAGAGAUCAAAGUAGAACCAGCACCAUCGAAUCCUUAA